AUGUCACUACCGUUCAAACUACUCCACCUCCCUACAGUGGCUCUUCGAAAUGUGCUACAAUUCCUGAGAAUUGAAUUAUUCGAACUGUCCCAAUGCUCCCAAAGAGCCUUCUCCGUUAUCCCCCUAUCCGGUAGCAAAAAGUUCAAGCUUCGCAUAAACGAGCCUAGCUCCAUCAGGGUCAAUGGUCACUCUGUUAGUAUUUAUAACAAUAGCUCCCAAUCGGAAUAUGUUUUGCAUGGAACCCAUACUUUUAUGGAGUCUACUGUAAAGACUUACCACCACUCAGAGCAAGAACUCUGCAGUUUCUGGGAUAAUUGGUGUAUCGGAUUAAAAGCCGUUCUUUUUUAUCUCUCAAAAGUUUUCAACUGCGCGAUUGAAUGUGCAAGAUUUUCGGAUAGAAUUCCUGCAGCAACCUACAUGUCAAUUAUGAAUUUCAUAUGUAGCCGUCAGUCUGAGAUCAAAGAACUCACUAUUUGGGGAGAUGAUCUGACUGAUGAACAUGUGACUGAGAUAUUUGAUAAACUGAAAGUCACUGAUCAUCUAGAGAUAAAUCAUCAGUAUUCUGUGCCUCGAUCGAUUCCAUUCAACACAAAAUCCAUUUUCAUCAGGAACUCCUCUUGGAUCACAAUAGAACACUUGAAUUUAAUGAAGAAUUGCACAGUAAUUCAAUUAAAACGGUCAACAUUAAUAGAUCAUGAUAUAACAUUGCUUUUAAACGACUGGAAAUCUGGACAGUUUCCAAAUCCUCAAUAUUUAUCCAUCGAAAGUAGCUCUUUUAGCGAAAACUUUACGGCAUUCGGACUGCCUUCACUUCAGAAUACUGUCAAUCCACAACUUUAUGAAAAAACGUAA